GAGGAUUCAUUGUGGAAAGGAAUGGAGCUAAAGGAUUGGCAACACCCAAAAUAGAAGGCAAAUUCUCACUUCGGGCAUCUGCUACAGGAAUGAUUUUCUUAGAUGAAGUUGAAGUUCCAGAGGAAAACGUUCUUCCUGGUGUGACCAGUUUCAAAGGACCUUUUACCUGUCUUAGUAAUGCUCGUUAUGGUAUUGGUUGGGGAGCCCUGGGUGCAGCAGAGUUUUGCUUAGCAGAAGCACGUCGAUAUACACUAGAGCGUCACCAGUUUGGACGGCCUUUAGCAGCCACCCAGCUCAUUCAGAAGAAAUUAGCAGAUAUGCUUACAGAAAUAUCAAUAGGUCUUCAAGCAUGUCUUCAUGUGGGUCGCCUGAAGGAUAGAAUUUGUGAAGGAUAUGGUGUUGAAACAGAUUUUGCUGAGGAAUUGGAGGAUGAUGGAGUGAAUUGA